GGCUCUUUGUUUAUUUUUCAUUUUUUUUUCUAUUUCCAACUUUUCCUUUCUUUCUUUCAUCAUCUUCUUCUUCCUAUUUUUCCAAUCCCCUCCCUCUCUUUAUUUUUGCUCUAUGACCUAAAUCUCAACCCUAAAUCCAAGAGUAGUAGUGGUAGUAGUACUUGGUUUGGUGGUGACCGCAGCUAGCUGGUUCUUAUAUUUCUAUCUAGGAUAGAUCGAUCUUCGAAAAAUCAAGUCCCUCCAAACAAAUCAUUAAGCUAUAUUUAGCUAGAUCUGAAGACUUAGUUUAAUCACAAUAAAGGAUAUAAAUCGAAUUGAUGAUGAUGAAUAAGAUGAGUUCUACUCCAGGUGGUAAUUUGGGUGGUGGUGGUGGGCAGUUUGGUGAUACGACGUACACAAAGGUGUUUGUUGGAGGGUUGGCUUGGGAGACCCAGAAAGAAACCAUGAAGAGUUACUUUGAACAAUUUGGUGAUAUCUUGGAGGCUGUUGUUAUCACCGACAAGGCCACAGGAAGAUCCAAGGGUUAUGGAUUUGUUACUUUUCGUGAACCUGAAGCCGCCAUGAGAGCUUGCGUCGAUGCUUCUCCAGUUAUAGAUGGAAGGAGGGCCAAUUGCAAUCUUGCUUCUUUGGGUGCUCAGAGAUCCAAGCCUUCCACUCCUAAGCAUGGAGGUGCAGGGAGGAACAUAAGGGUGAUGGGAACAGCGUUUCAGAGAAAUAGUAAUAGCACAGGUUUUGCAGUGGGAAUGGGAGCAGCCUUUGCUUCCGCAGCAGCCUUCCCUCACUAUGCCAUCCAGCAAGGGAUACCUUACAAUGUUUAUGGGUACUCUCCCUACUCCCCAGAUUACACUUACUCAACGCCUACGAGCUACUACGGUUUGUAUGGGGGAGCGACAACACAAUACCCUAUGUAUGGAACAGGGCCAGGGGGAUUGGUGAGCGGUGGUGCAGCUGCAGCCUUCUACCCUUAUCUACAAUUCGGGGAAGGGGCGGCUACAGGAGGCGCUGCAGCUGCUGCAACCGCGGCAGGAUAUACCACUUCAGGUCAGGGCUACGGCGUCCAGUAUCCUCACCAUGGCCUCUUUCAGUACUCUUCCAUCAACUCGGCUGGAGCAUAUCCGCAGCACUAUGGUACACCUAUGUCUCUUGUGCCCUCACCCGCCUUGCAAUCAGCAGUGUGUUUUGCUGUACCACAGGCGUAAGCAUGGGCGCCCUUCAUGCACCAAUUCCGCAUCGCUAGAGAACAUAUUGUCAAAUAUGCAUAUAAAGUGGCUCUCCUCCAAGACCAACACAUGCAUCAUCCUCAUAUGCUGCUUUUGAAUAUUUUCAUUGAUCAUCAUCAGCAACCUUUGGCCUAACCAUGGUUAAAUUCUCCCACUCUCUCAUUCUAUCCUAACUUGAUCGAGCUCCAACUUUGGCAUUUGGGCUCCAUUUCGCAUACAAAGUGCUCCACAAAGGAGCUCAAAUCCACCUCCGAAAUGAAUGGAGGUGUGUCAUGCAUGCAUUUUUUCCCUUUUCAUCUUUUUGAAACAAAAGGGUUCCAUGCAGAGAACCAAAGCACGUUAACUUACUCAUCACCAACUCGAGCUAAUGUUGGAUUUAGCUAUUAAGUUGGUAACAAGUGAUUUCAUCCUUAGCUUCAGGAAAGGCUUUGGUAAAAGAAGAAAUCCCAAGUUUGACAGUACUACUAAUUAGCCCAUCAAAGGCAUCAUAACCUGGUUUGCAAAUAUUGUAAAUUCAAUGACCCAUAUAUGUAGCAAGCCCUUCGCUUUAGAUAAGGUCAUUUAGAUAAUUAAUUAGUGAUUACCUCUAGAUUUUGAGGCAGUACUAAUUUGGCAAAUCUCAUGGGCAUGGAUUGCCUAAUUAUUUUGGCUGAUAACAUCACUAAGUUUUUAGGAAUAGGAUUCUAGAACUAGCAGUCUUAUGUCUCUAUAUAAAUGUACUUUUUCUUUCAUACCAAAAUGAUUUUGCAAUUUUUACAAAAUGUGUCUAACCAACCAACCAACCAACCCUCCUCUAGUGUAAAGGGGAAGCAACGACUAUUUCAUCUUUGUUCCUUGUAAAUUCAUUGCGGCUAAACUAUGGGAGUUUUGGCCCCAUUGUACUAAUUUAGGACCUAGGAAUAAGAUAGUAUUUGGUUUUGUAGCACACAUUAGCUUCUUUUUUUUUAUUUUUUUAUUUACAAGUUUUGUUGUCAUCGUUUUGAGAACUCCAUUGAUGGAUGUGGAACUCAAAGCAUCUGCAUAUAACUCUAGGGAGAUAUUUUGGUUCCCUUGGGUUCUUCUCCACUAACACCGCCAACCAUGGUUAGGACUUAGGUCAUUCUCAUCACUUUUUCUCCUCUACUCUGCAUCAUGAUCCCUCUCUCUCUCUCUCUCUCUCUCUCUUUCUCUCUCAACUUUUACUUGAAGAUGAAACUUGAUCAUACUCUUAAAUUUUAUCUAUAAACCUAUGGUUUGGAUUGUAUUCGGGGAUCCUACUUUGGACAACUAAUUCAUUCUCCAUCUAUUUGGAGAUGGAGAAUGGAUAUGCUACAUACUAGUAUGUUUAUUAAUUUUCAAGUUGAGACCGCCAUCUAGUGCUCA